UCGGAAGAGCUCUUAUCGAUGAUUCACGGUGAGAUGAGCGGAGGUGACCGAGCAGAGCGCACCAUCGUGGGGGUGAACAUGGUCUCACUGUGGCUGAUGUGGGUUUGUGUCGUGCAGACUUCGGGGAUGUUGUCUCACGUGGAGAAGUACGAGGUGGUCACACCUCAGAGGCUUCAGGGGAGACCGAGGAGGAGCCUGCAGGACCACCAGCUUUAUCCUGAUGAGGUUCAGUACGAGUUGCUCAUUGAAGGGAGGAAACACACAAUUCACCUGGAGAAAAACAGGAAUCUCAUUGGGAGAGGCUUCACUGAAACACAUUAUUCAGAAGAUGGAAAACGGGUGAGGACGUCUCCAAACGAGGAGCACUGCUACUAUCACGGCCACCUUGAAGGCACGGAGGACUCUUCAGUCAGCGUUGGGAUUUGUUCAGGCAUUAGUGGCUUCGUGAGAUCCCGGCAGCAGGUUUACUUGAUCGAGCCUCUGGGACAGACUGAUGACGGUGACCAUGCAGUUUACAGACAGGAGAACCUGAAGAUCAGAGACAGGCCCGGCUGUGGCUCCUCCCCCAACGCCACCACGCCGUACGACCAGGACCAGGACCAGGGCCCCCGGGUCGCUGGCAUCUUCAGGUCCAGAUCGUGGAAAACUAAACCCAUCGCAGGUCCACAGAAGUUUGUGGAGCUGUUUGUGGUCGUGGACAAUAUUGAGUAUCAGAUGUAUGGAAGCCAGACUAGAUCCCGUGUUCUCGGAGCUAUAAAUCACGUUGACAAGCUGUAUCGACCUCUGAACAUCCGCGUCAUGCUGGUGGGCUUGGAGAUUUGGACGCAGAGAGACUACAUUGACGUAGACAUUAAUUCGGAGACCACCCUGGACAAUUUCCUCCUGUGGCGACAGGCCGAUCUGCUGCAGAGGGAGAACCACGACAAUGCCCAGUUUGUGACUGGCAAAGAUUUUGACGGCGAUACAGUCGGACUGGCGAAUAAGUUCGCCAUGUGCACUGGAAACUCAGGUGGAGUCAAUCAGGAUCAUCAUGACAACCCAAUAGGCCUCGCCUCCACCAUCGCUCAUGAGAUGGGACAUAACUUCGGCUUGUCCCAUGACGCUGCAGGUUGUCUGUGCGGUCCAUCUUACAGCAGUGGGAACUGUGUGAUGGCAGAGAAGCUCAGGACAGGAAAUCAAGCGUUCCCGGGGUUCUUCAGCAGCUGCAGCGUGGAGCAGCUCGCUGAGUUCAUGGAGCGAGCUCAGCCCAGCUGCUUGUUCAAACCCAGCUCCAGUCGGAGCAUCGCCGCGGGCCCGAGCUGCGGCAACGCCCUGCUGGACCCUGGAGAGGAGUGUGACUGCGGCACUGUGGAGGAAUGCAAGAACCCGUGUUGUGACGCCUCAACAUGUCGCCUGACUGAAGGAUCCCAGUGUGCUCAUGGACAAUGCUGUGACAACUGCCAGUUCAAACAGGCUGGAAGUGUGUGCAGAGAGUCAGCCGGGGACUGCGACCUGUCUGAGUACUGCACCGGAGCGUCGGAGGAGUGUCCCGAAGACGGCUUUGAGAUGAACGGCAAACCCUGCUACGACCAGGCCCAGGGCUACUGCUACAACGGACAAUGCCCCACACAUGAGCAGCACUGCUGGAGGCUGUUUGGACCAGGGGCCAAAGUGGGAUCAAACGUGUGUUUCAACCUGAACAGGCGGGGCGAAGAAGGCGCUAACUGUGGGAGGAACAAAUUGGGCUACAUCCCCUGCGCUGCACCGAAUCUUAAGUGUGGAUCUAUGUUUUGUGGAGGAGGGGGCGAGUCCAUCACAGGUAAAAGGGCAGCGUACACCGUGUACAGCAUCGAAUGUAAACUGGCUGUGGACGACGAUAAGACCAGAAACAUGGACAUGGUGCCCAACGGAACCAGAUGUGGACCCAACAAGGUUUGCCUCGGCAGCAGAUGUGUGGAUCUGUCUGUUUACGGGAAAAAGGGCGAUUGUGAAAAGAAAUGCAACAACAAUGGGGUGUGUAAUCACAAGAAAGAGUGCCACUGUCAUCCUGGCUGGGCUCCACCGUACUGUGAGAUCCAGUAUGCAGAUUUACCUCAAGAUCAGAGUGGUAUAAUAGCUGGAGUGUGUGCGGCCGUCUCCAUCCUCCUGCUGAUCGCUGCAGUGACUGCAGGACUGCUGUGCUGCAAGAAGGACAACAUGGACAACUACACCUCCAAAAGGAAAGUGCACUCGGCUCCAGACCGGCUGAACCCCAUGUUUCAGGAGCAAAGUGUGAAAGACAGACCUCAGAUCAGUCCGCCCACCUUCAUGGAGUCGACAGCAACACAAGCCUGCGCUCCUCCGAUCGUCACCGUGAGUCCCAGCAGAGCUGCUCCUCAGCCACCGAAGAAACUCUCCUCAGCGCCGCAAACUGAGCCGACAAAACCUGUACCUCCAUCUAAACCGUUACCUCCUCUGAGUAAAGCUCAGUGUAUUGCAGCCAAACCUCCUCCUCCUCCCAUCCCUCCGGUCAAACCCAGCCCUCCUCGGCUCCCAGCGAAGCCACGAUUUCACAGACCCACGUGAACGUCUCACUGAAAGAAUCGUGUUUCACAUCCAGCGUGUGGUUACACAUUUAGAAAGAGAGCGAUCAAAGAGUCUGGAGAAGUUGACUCUUUGUCUUAAAGAUGGCUGACUGAGAAUGUCUCCGAUGACAAACAGCUUCACAGCAGCUGUGGGAAAAACACUUUUGAAGUUGUCUCAUGACAGCGUGAGCAGAGUGGUGCUCACAUGAAAAUAGUACUUUUUAAAUGUUUAUUUAAUGUCUGUGCAAGGGACCGUAUGAAAAUGAUUAGUGUGUGAAGGGUUGUGUGUUAUUCUAAGAAGCAUUUUCUAAUCUGAGAAAACAGAGAGGCUGGAACGUCUGGGAUGUCAUGAUCAUUAAUGUGACGUUUGGUUUGUAGCUCUGUUUUUGGUCUCCACCACCAAAUAUCUGGUUUUUUUUAGCUGCUACAUGCUCCGCUAUGCUCACCAGCUAGACUAACUAAGUCUGUCUGCUGUUUGCUGCUCAGCAGGUAGAGUACGGCAGCUUUUUAGAGCUUUUUCCUCUGAAAACGAGGCGAUGAGAGAAACAGAAUAAACUAUGAGCUGAAACUCACGAUAAAGCUCCGAAAAGAUCUCGGUUCAUCACGACCAGAGACACCUUUCACGUAGUCAUUUCAUACAUUGAUAAUAUACAAAUAUUGAUUAAAGCUAGGGCCGGGUAUCGCUACUACGAGACAACCCAGUACCAAGUAGUAUCAACAUUUCUCAAAUCAAACGAUACCUGUAAUCCAUUAUUGCUAGCAGCGCAAACGAUUGCAACAGUGCUGACGAAGCAGGAACCCUUUUUCUCCAAUAUAAUAGUUAAAUAAAGCUGAGCAGAGCCUCAGUUGUCCUCCACACACACUAUUCGUUUCCAUACAGUCCCUAAGCUGUGUCCAAAGCCAGUCUGUGCCUACAAGGUUCAUUUUGUACCGCUUUUUUUGCACUGUACUUGAAAACCUACGAAUGGUACUCACAGUAUUCAGAUUACUACUAGUAAUAGUUUACUGUGGUUCAGCUUCUGGUCUCGAGGGGAGGUGUGUGACGGAGCCUCGAGGAACAAGUAGUUGUUGUUGUUGUUUUACUGCACUUUUAUGUUUCUAAGGCAGCAGUCACUGGUUCAUAGCUUGGUGGUUAAACCAGCAGGAUAUCACCGAAUGGUCUGAAAACUUGAGUUUGGAGCGAUAAUAUUUUGUUAAUCCGUCGCGACUGAAUGAAUGUAAAAAGUAAAUGAAUUCCCACGAGAGGCCUCUGCAACAAAUAUAGUGCACUUCAUUACAAAAGUAUGUUGCAUUGGUAUCUGCUGUUUUUUCUUCAGAAAUGUAUUUAUGUGAAUUGCAAAAUCAUUAAAAGUUUCAUUUUUCUCAA